AUGACGGACGAACUGCACCGGAAACGACCCACGCGAGACAAUGGACAAGCUGUUGUUUCAACCGCUGGUCCCGGGGUCGGAGGGCACCAGAGUAACGGAAGAGGCUCUGGAGUGACAUCAGGUUUGGCAGACCUACCACGACGGCAACGGCACUUGAAAAUGGCUACAUGGAAUAUCUUUUCACUCACAGGGAAGCACCAGGAGCUUAAGAGCGAAGCAAAAAGAUUCCAAUUAGAUAUAAUUGGUGUUUCGUCCACUAAGCAAAGAGGUAUUGGAACUGUGGAUCUUAAGGAAGGGUGGCAACUUUUCCUGUCCGGAGUGGCACCAGAAAUGUCUGCACAGGCGUGUGUGGGGAUACUCACAGGCUCCCGGCUGUUAGACAGGGUUUGUGAUGUCUGGACACACAGUGGGAGAGUGAUGGGUAUCAAGAUCAAACUUCAGAGAUCUUCCCUGGCGGUAUUGCAGGUGUACGCACCGAACGCACCGUCAGAGUACCCAGCUUUCCUAGAUGAAGUGGAGGAAGUCCUGAAUAAGUCAACUUCUGAAGCGGAUUCAGUUGUGUUCUUUGGAGUUGAAGACACAAAACGAGGACAUAAGUCAAUAAUUGACUUUGUCCUUGUUCCCGGUGUUGAUAGAACAAUUGUCCAAGACGUUCGAGUUUUUAACAGUGCUGAACUGUCAACUGAUCACCACCUGCUCUUUGCAAAAAUUAUCCUUGACGAAGACCCCCCCGCUCUACCUAAGGGUAAGAAUAAAGUGCUGAAAUGCAUUAGAUGGGAGAGCCUUAAGAAGAAGGACGUUGAAGAGAAAUUUGUGAAGGGCAUACAGGAAAGAUUUGAACAAAUUCCACAGUCUCCUUCUGACGUACAGGCUAAAUGGGCCUGCUUCCAAUCAGCCAUUUUGGCCUCGGCUACAGAAGCUUGUGGCGUUAAGCGCGUUAAUGUGACGAACAACGUGAAACGGUCAUCUUGGUGGGGAACACCGAGAGUAAAAGAAGCCGUUUCAGAGAAAAAGAAGGCUUAUAAGUUGUACAUGCAGGGUAAGGAUUCUGAGUCUCGUGGUCGUUGCGUUGAAGCGCGAAUGGCUGGAAAGCUCGCAGUUAAAGCCGCUAGAGAGGAGGCGUGGAAGAAGUUUGGUGAAAAGCUGGAGCUCGACUACAAGAUGGCAAACAAAACUUCCUGGCAAACAGUCCGAAGACUCCGAGGGAAGAAGAGCAAUUCCAUCCAAGGAGUAACAUCCAAGGAAGGGAAUCUUCUGACCAAAGAGGAAGAGGUCUUAAAUCGUUGGAAAGAAUACUUUUCAGAAUUGCUCAAUCCUCAGCAAGGCACUGAUGUUGACGUACCCACAAGUAAAGGCAGGGAAGAAAGUAGUCCUUCAGAGAGUGAAGUCCUGUAUGCAAUUAGUAAAUUGAAGGAUGGAAAAGCUGCAGGAAUUGACGACAUACGUCCCGAAAUGCUAAAACUCAUGGGUAUAGUGGGUGUUAAUUGGCUCACGCGUGUCAUUAAGGUGGCUUGGCAAAGUGGGAGAGCACCAAAGGACUGGCAAGUUGGGGUCAUUAUACCCAUAUUCAAGAAGGGAAACAAGAAAGAUUGCUCCAAUUAUAGGGGAAUUUCCCUUCUGAGUUUGCCUGGCAAAGCGUAUGCCAAAGUCCUUGAGAGAAGAUGCCGAGAAAUAGUCGAACCCAGACUGGGGAGAGAAAUAUAUCAGGACAGUUGGGAUGAAAUUGGAUCUGUGGUGGAGGUAAAUAUGAUCAAUAGAUCUCAACCAAGAGCAAGAGAUUUCUAUUCCAUGACAAUUACAGGACUAAGACCAUGA